UAUGAGUGGUUGAACCAGCUCUAAUCCAAGCUGUUUAUUUUACAAAAAGAACACAAAAGUUGUAAUUCUGUCAUUAAAUUAAAUGCAAAAUAGGAGUUUCCAGCAUCAUUGCAUAUAGUUAAACCCAGAUUUCGGAAAAACCCUAUUUGACAGCGAUAUAUUUUGCCUAAAAAUAGGAAUUUGUGGAUAAAAUACCCCCUGGAGUGACAAACAUCUGUAUUGUCAUACAGACGCCUGCAGAAAAAAGGGGUUUACAACAAGGAAAUGAGCUAUUUUGCAGAGUUCCGAUGGCUUCAACUGAUAUCUUUGAGCUAGGAUACAAGGAAUACACCUUUUAUCAAAAAAGAUAACUAGUAUGUAUGCAUUCCGUUUUUUUUUUUUUACUGUUAGAUAUGAUUUCUAAAAUACAACGGCAAAUAUAAUGGAUAACAUAGUCUACGACUUUGCCCAGAUCACGUUUCAAGCUAAAGACAACAGGUCACCCACUAACUCGAAUUUCUCGUGGCAACUAAAGAAGAUGGCCUUGUCGGACAUGGAGGAGAUGCAGGACACAUCCGAGCCCAUAGCUGCACCCGAAUCCGAUGACAAUGUCAGCAGUGAAUCGCAAGACUCCGACGAUGUGGACUCGCAAUUGAGUCGCUGCGAGGACAACGAUGAUGACAGUGAUUGCAUCAGUGGAUCCUCCAGACGUAGUUCCACUUUCGGAGCUCGGGCGGGCGUGGCUCGUCGCAGGAUGCCCGCCAGGGUGUCCAAGGACAACUUUAACCGGAUCUGCAGCGCCAUCAUGAAACCCAUCAAAAAGAAGCAACGAAAAGAGCUGAACACAAAUGCCCAAACCCUUAAGAGCAUCGAAAAGAUCUACACCAACAAGCGCAUGAGAAAGUUCACGCCCACCAAUCUGGAGACAAUCUUUGAGGAACCCAGCGAUGAGAAUGCCGCCGAUGCAGAGGACGACAGCGAGGAGUGCUCCAUCAGCAGCCAAGUGAAGGUAGUCAAGGUGUGGGGUCGCAAACUCCGCCGCGCAAUAUCCUUCAGCGAUGGCCUGAACAAGAACAAAAUCCUGUCGAAGAGACGCCGCCAGAAGGUGAAGAAGACCUUUGGCAAGCGCUUCGCACUCAAAAAAAUCUCCAUGACCGAGUUCCACGAUCGUUUGAAUAAGAGCUUCGACAGUGCCAUGCUGGAGGGUGAUGAUGGAGAGGCGGGAGGAUCGGCGGAGACCAUCGACAUCCCCAAGACAUCCAUGACCAUGGAAGACAUACAGCUGCCGACAAUGAGCAGCCAGCACCAGUUCCUCAUGCAACCGGCGGGCUUUGAGUAGAGAGACUGAAUGAUCCAUCAAAUACGCAUACCCACAUUAAUCUGCAUUGCAUUAAAACUAGCUAAUAGUGCCCAAAAAUAAAUGUACUGAUUACCAAUUAUGAAGUUAGGAUUUACGUUCGUUUGGUUAACUUCUCACCUUAGUCUUAAACCCCAUAAAAGUUAUAUAUGAGUGUAAAUAGCAUGUAGAAGAAAAGAAAAUAAGAGCUAUACCUAGAGCUAAUUAUCCAGCCAUAGAAUACGAUUCUGUGCCUAGCCAUUAAGAUAAUAAAUAAAAGUUGAAAAUAUAUAUCCA